AACCACUCCGAAAAAGUGUACCAUAGAAAGGAUACAAUUGUCACAUUAGGUGCCAGUCCCAGGAGAAUGUUAAGGGAAGAAGCACACGAGCAUUUUAAACACAAAUACCCACUACUCAUGGGUAAAAUCUGGACUUUACCAGAAGGAUAUGUUCGAAUAUUUCGAUAUGGCCUGGACGAAUUAAAACAUGAUGACUUCUUUCGAAAGGAAUUCAACCCAUUCAUAACUGAUUGUUCAUUUGCGAAACAAUUGGAAGCUUCAGAGCAGGUGGGCAAUAAAGAAGCAUUCGAUAGCUUUGAUUGUCUAAGCAAUUAUUACGACUCAUUCUAUGCGUCAAAGGAUGAUUAUGAUGAGCCCUCUAGAAAAGCGCUGGAUGAUUCAGAACGUAAUGAGAGUAUCGAAUCAGAAGAUGGGGCGAGAAGGCAAAAGUAUAUCAACCCACUGGGACAUCCUUCUUAA